AGCCCCCGCGGUCGCCGGGUAGUGGCGAAGCCUCUUGUUUGACAGCGUUGCACUCGAUACGAUUAGGCGAACGCCCUUAUUUAAGUUUACUUUCAUUUAAUUUGGGAAAUAAAUAUAUAUAUUUUAUAUUAUUUAAGACAAAUUUCCAGCUUUCUAUUUUUGUUUUGAUAUUAAGCUAAUAGAAUUAUUAUCAUCGACGACGACGUCGUGGACGUAGCAGUAAGCUAGCUGGGUCGCGCGAGCUGUGAACAAAAAAUGACAUUUUCCUUUCAGUUUAUUAACUUGUUAUUAGUUUGUUUGCAUGUUCGGGUUUAGCUAAGAAGUGUCCCAUCUGCAUUUCGUUAAAAACCUCCGUGGUUAAUCCUGGUUUCCACAGUCAACGCCUUUGCUGGACUUCUGCACUGUUGACAUGGGUUUUGUUUUUUGAGGUGGUUCGUGUGCGUAAGGAUCUCAAUAUAAGACUGGAUCAACAGCAGAACUACUGACGUGGAAAUAUGGAAAUCUGGAGGUAGCCUGAGCUGCACCGUGUCUCUUUCCGAUGUGAGAAUGCACUGGUAUCUCAAAGGAGAGGGCUGUGGCAGCUGUUUACUCUUCAGGGGCGUCUGACAAACGCUGGCUUGCUUGUUGCUCUGAAUUCUCUGGAAACAGCCACGUUUCAAGCUCAGCGAUGAUCCUGAAGACGCUUCUGGUCACCAGUUUUUGUGUCUUGGUAAAAUGUCAGGAGAGCCCGGGAAUGACAGUGGAGGAAAAGGCUGUUAUCAGGAAUCAAAUUGUUGAGAUGUUUGACCACGCUUAUGGAAAUUACAUGAAACAUGCCUAUCCGGCAGAUGAACUGAUGCCUCUGAGCUGCAAAGGGAGAGUUCGAGGACAGGAGCCAAACCGAGGGGACAUUGAUGAUUCUUUGGGGAAGUUUUCUCUGACUCUGAUUGACACCCUUGAUACGCUGGUGGUUCUGAACAAGCUUGAUGAGUUUGAGGAUGCAGUGAAGAAGGCCGUGAAGGAUGUACGCUUGGACAACGACGUGGUGGUGUCUGUGUUUGAGACCAACAUCAGAGUCUUAGGCGGGCUCUUGGGUGGCCAUAUUAUGGCGGAUUUGUUGCGUCAGCGUGGAGAGAGGAUGGAGUGGUAUCGUGAUGAGCUCCUAAACAUGGCAAUCGAGCUGGGCCAUCGAUUAAUUCCUGCCUUUAACACCACAAGUGGCCUUCCCUAUCCAAAGGUGAAUCUGCGUCAUGGCAUUCUGAAGCCACUGUCACGCACAGGCACUGAAUCAGACACCUGCACAGCGUGUGCAGGGACAAUGAUCCUGGAGUUUGCUGCUCUCAGCAGACUCUCCGGACAGCCUGUGUUUGAGGAACAUGCUAGGAAAGCUCUCGAUGUGCUCUGGGAGCGCAGACAGAAAGGAAGUGACUUGGUGGGCACUGUCAUCAACAUCCAUAAUGGAGAAUGGGUCCGCAGAGAUAGUGGGGUUGGAGCUGGAAUUGACUCGUACUAUGAGUAUCUGAUGAAGGCUUACAUUCUUCUUGGGGACGGUGUCUUUCUGGAGAGAUUUAAUGUUCACUAUAGUGCUAUUAUGAAGUACAUCAGUCAGCCCCCCCUGCUGCUCAAUGUACACAUGCACAACCCCACUGUGAGCGUGCGCAGCUGGAUGGACUCCCUGCUGGCCUUCUUCCCUGGAUUACAGGUUUUAAGAGGAGAUCUGAAACCAGCCAUUGAAACUCACGAGAUGCUUUAUCAAGUCACUAAACAGCACAAGUUUCUUCCAGAGGCCUUCACCACAGAGUUCAGAGUUCACUGGGGCCAGCACUUGCUGAGGCCAGAAUUUGCAGAAAGCACCUACUACCUCUACAAGGCCACUGGAGACCCGUACUACCUCAGAGUGGGACAAUCCAUUGUGGAAAAGUUGAACACCUAUGCCAGAGUGCCAUGUGGGUUUGCUGCUGUGCAAGAUGUCCGCACUGGAACUCAUGAAGACAGGAUGGACUCCUUCUUUCUGGCAGAGAUGUUUAAAUACCUUUACUUGCUGUUUUCGGACAAGAGCCACGUUCCCAUUGACAUUGAUGAUUACAUCUUCACCACAGAGGCUCAUCUCUUGCCCGUCUCUCUCUCCACUACUAAAGCACCGUGUCCAUCCAACAAUACAGCGACUGUUCCUGUGCCUCCAGAAGAGGAUCUUUUCUCACACUCCUGUCCCAGCACAGAGACUUUGUUCCCCAACAAUCCCACCUUUGCCAAAACCAUCAGGGAAGGCUACAAGUACCUCACAGGAGUGGGACAGGCGUUCAGCCCUUUACCCUUCAGGGAAAUUGAGCUACCCCUUCAUGAUAAAGGCAUAGAACCAGUGGAGUUCUUAAAAAGUAUGGGCAUCUCUCUGAGUCCGCUAAACGACAUUCUUUCAGGAGACACAAACGGCCACAAGGACCAUAAAGGAGUUCUCCGGGUAAAACUUGUAGCAGAAGUGAGCCAGACACCAGAGGAGGAGGUGGUGAUACCACAUGUUGUUCAACUUAUAUCCCCCCCCUUCCUGGGAAGGAUGGUUCUCACAGCAGGCCCGGCCAAGUUUGGAGUGGACCUCACUAAGCAAGAACAUGGGGUGAAGGGAAGCAUUGUCAAAGCAUCCCCUUACACAGCAUGUGGGCCUGUAGACAAUGCAGUGGAAAUUAAGGGCAGAAUAGCUCUGGCUCUACGGGGUGACUGCAUGUUUGCUGUUAAAGCUCGCUGGCUGCAACAAGCAGGAGCCAUUGGAGUCAUUUUUAUAGAUCAUCAUGAGGGAAGUAACAGCGAAGAAACGCCGCUCUUCCAAAUGGUUGGAGAUGGAGACUCCACUGAAGACAUCACUUUGCCUUUAGUCUUCCUGUUCAGUCGGGAGGGCGCCUUGCUCACGGCGGCCCUGGAGGAACACCACAAUGUGGAUGUGGUGCUGCUGCCCAAAGAGAGGCAGCUUGGACAAGAUAAAACACAAAAGCCCGUCAGCAUGAACAUUAAACUCCGCCUGAUGGAGCACGGAGAAGUAGAAGAAGGAAGUCCUUCGCUGGAGCUGAUCGUGGAGAAGGAACAGGAGGAGGAAAAACUCAGUGGGAAACAACAAGACUGCACACAGACAUCGGAAGAUGACAGAACUUCAACAUGCUCAGCAGACUCUAAUACUGGACCUGACCAAAAUCCUUGAACACCGCAGACCCGAACAAAAGCCAAGUGUCACAUCUGUGGUUCUUCGAUCGUCUCUGAGUAGCAUGUGCCUCUGAGGCUCCUCACUGCCCUGCAGCCCACAGAGUCCUAACUGAAACAACCUGCAUGUUUACAGCUGGCGGAUCUUUAAUCAACGCCCCACUUUUGACCUAAACAUAAAGAUGGCUCCAUUUUCUAAACUAGGGGAUCCUGACUAGACUUUUUCCUGUGCUUACAAUCUAAUGAAGACCAAUUUAGGUAAUCAGAGUCAAAAAGCUGACAGUACUUAAGCCUAAACUGGACAUAUUCUGUUGCUCUUGUGGUUAAAUCAGUGGUAACGAUUAUGAAACUUCAUAUUUAAAAUGUGAUGUUUCCUAGAUAUGUAUAGACAAGGCUACAAACUAGAUCUUGUCUAUGUUUGUUUAUGCAGUUUAUUAUUUUUCUGCAGCAGAAUUGCACCUUUUUAACUCCACUGAGACUUGUUCUAAUAUUUAUAUUACUGCAAGGACUUGGAACUGGCCAGUAGGUGGUGCUACCUGCCAUGACUUCUUGGUUACCUAUUGUCAUGAGAGAGAAGAGUUUCACUUGCUCUGAUUUUGAAGGCUCAUAUAAUUUUGUAGUGCUCAACUUCAGGGAACUUAAAGGUGAAUGCUGUUAUUAUGUGUGACCAAUUUGUGCAGGUGUGUGUGUGGAUGUGUAAGUGUGCGUCUCUGCAUUGGAAAACCAAGAAGGAAUCACAUUUAAAACAUCAUAAAAAAUGCAACAUUGUAAACAUAAUGAAAUUUUGCUUGAAAUGUUUUAUUUCUUUCCCCGCUGUAAAAAUGUAAGUUAAAAACACUGAUAUGACACUGCUUCAUAUCAGGUUUUUCUGCAGUUCUGUCUGCUUAUUAUGCACUUUAAAUUAUUGAUCUGACACUUGAUGGCAGAUUCAGACUCAGAAUUAGGUAGUCACUAAAGAAUCUGAUUGCAUUAGAAAUAUGUUUCAACUCAAUUUAGCUCUAGCUCUGUGUUUUUUAACAGACUUGAAUAAGAAGUCACUAUCAGGUUUUCAAAAUGCAGCAAGUUUCUAUUUUAUUUUCCAAAAUAAGGUUAUUUGUAAUUGUAUUUUGGAUUUCUUCCUUACUCUUGUUCUUUGGAACAAGCUUUCUUCCACUCUGGCUAAAUCUUAGCAGGCAUUAUUGGCCAAAAUUGGAAAGCGUUACUUUAUUUUUUCAUUGUCUCUGUUUUUGACUGUGAUGCACUGGUUACAUUUGGUUUUCUCAAUCGUCACAUUCUAAUUUGGAAACAAAAUUCUUUCCAUAACUUUGACUUUUGAUGUGAUUUCUAUACAAACGGACCAUUUUUUUCACAAUGCUGCUUUUAGCUUUUACUUCAAGAUUAGUUGUUGUGAAUUGUUUAAUUUUGCCAACGUGUAUACCUCAGGAUAACCUGCAUUAUUGUUUACCAAGGGUAGACAGGACCAUGGACACAAUUAAAAAAAAAAAAUGUUUUUUUCAUAUUUUAAUGGUACUCACUAAUCUGUUCUAUUGACUCUGGUUCAGAAAGUGCCAUAAGGAUGUGUAACAUCUACACCGGUUUUAAAAUAGGAGCUGAAACAAUCCCACCAAUAAAUUCUGAUUCAUAAUUUC